CGGAAUAUUCUGCUAAGAGAGUAACUGAGUUUACUUGCACAUCCCUACUACAAUGCCUUUGUUAGCCUGUUGCCAAAGACCUGGGUCAGUGUGAGCACAAGGCUCCUUGACUUGAACAUGGAUAGACCUGUUUGAGGCAGUUCACAUAAAAUAGAAAGUUCAGAAUGAUUACUAUAUGAUUUUGGGGAUUCGUCCAGCUCCGAGAUUCUAUGGAGGCUAAGGUGGUUAGGGGAGGGAGCCUCCUUUGCUCUAAAUUCCGUAACUCUUUCUGCAGCCAGAAGAACAAAGUCAGGUAGGGAGGGCUUUUCUCCAUGUCUCAGGCUUUGCUGGGUGGCAUCGUCUUAGGGAAUCCACAUCAGCCCAGGAUUUUGUUCUCCGAAGAGAAGCCUACUGCUCUGGGGAGGAAGGGUGGGCUUACCGUAACCAAACCAAAGGACCGAUAUAUCGCUCUGGCAAGAAGCGAUAAAAUAGCAAGAGCUCCAAUCACCCUCACCCCUGACUCCACACUUCCCUCCCUGCGGGCACCUCCGUGAAAAGCCGAUGGUCUUUUUAAGGGCGAUAGGAGGGGGAAGAAUAGGAAGGAAGCCACCAGACUCCAGCAUAGGUGGCUCAGGGAAAAGCUUAAUGCGUCACCUACACCACAAAGGCACACUGGCCUCCAAGGGGGCGGGACUAUUCCUUGGGCCAGGGCUCUCUUUUCCUGGACUUGGAUGGACAGACUUCCUAUUUUCUCCCUUUCCUAGGCCCUUUCCACUGGGCAGUCUUUCCUUAGACAUGCUGAUACUUCCUUCGCUGGGGACGGUCCCCGCCUGCCCCCCGGGCGCUCAGCUCUGUAAAUUUUGAAGUUGGAAAUUUCUUUCCCUUUCUAUCCAGCAUGGGUGCAGAUGGAGUGAGCAAUCUCACUGGUCCCCUCUCCCAGACCCUCCCCUGUCCUCCUGGCGACCACGUUAAGUGGGAAGAGGGCUGGGACUGCAGGAGGGUCAUUUCCCGCUGUGGGAGUGACCAGAGGGUUGGGUCCUCAGCCUGACAAUAAGGGCCGGGUCAAGGAUUCGAGGCUGCACCCUCUUCACCGCCUGGCAGCCCACGCCGGGGCCAGAGCCCAGCAGGGGCGUAUCCCGAGCUCACCUGCCAUUGGCAGGUGGGGUCGCCCGGCCCCGGCAGCGGCAGCGGCCACGCACGCUAUAAGUGCGAGCGAGUGGUUGCCGCACUCGGCGUGACGCAGGAUGGUGGACAGCGUGUACCGGACCCGAUCCCUGGGGGUGGCGGCUGAGGGGCUCCCGGACCAGUACGCGGACGGGGAGGCCGCGCGCGUGUGGCAGCUCUACAUCGGGGACACCCGCAGCCGCACGGCCGAGUACAAGGCCUGGCUGCUCGGGCUGCUGCGCCAGCACGGCUGCCAGCGGGUGCUGGACGUGGCCUGCGGCACGGGGGUGGACUCCAUCAUGCUGGUGGAAGAGGGCUUCAGCGUGACCAGCGUGGAUGCCAGUGACAGGAUGCUGAAAUAUGCACUUAAAGAGCGCUGGGACCGGCGGCACGAGCCUGGCUUCGACGAGUGGGUUAUUGAAGAAGCUAACUGGAUGACUCUAGACAAAGAUGUGCCCCAGCCACCAGGGGGUGGCUUCGAUGCUGUCAUUUGCCUUGGAAACAGUUUUGCCCACUUGCCAGACUGCAAAGGGGACCAAAGCGAGCACCAGCUGGCACUGAAGAACAUUGCAAGCAUGGUGCGGUUGGGGGGCCUGUUGGUCAUUGACCACCGCAACUACGACCACAUCCUCAGCACAGGCUGUGCACCCCCAGGGAAGAACAUCUACUAUAAGAGUGACCUGACCAAGGACAUCACGACAUCGGUGCUGACAGUGAACAACAAAGUCCACAUGGUGACCCUGGACUACACAGUGCAGGUGCCUGGGGCCAGCCAGGCUGGGUCUCCUGGCAUGAGUAAGUUCCGGCUCUCCUACUACCCACACUGCCUGGCACCCUUCACAGAGCUGCUCCAAGCAGCCUUCGGGGGCAAGUGCCAACACAGCAUCCUGGGUGACUUCAAGCCUUACAAGCCGGGCCAGGCCUAUGUUCCCUGCUACUUCAUCCACGUGCUCAAGAAGACAGACUGAGUGCAGCCGCAGCUUCCACAGCCCUGAGCCCAGGCAAUGCCGGGCUGUCUGGGACGUGGGCACAGACAGCAGGGCAGAUACCGGGGGUGUGGGGAGGGGCCAACUACAGGUGGGCAUAAGGAUUUGAAUUCAGGCAAACGGAAGGGCUAAGAAUAGAAUCUGUGCCUUUUUCAGUUCCCAUAUGCCUUGUGUUUAUGUCAGAAGGAUCAGGCUCCUAUGGUACCCACCGCUGCAUGCCUGCCCCUAGGGUUUACUUCUCUCACCACAUGGCUCUGUGCCUUAUGAAUCUUUCACCAAAUGACACCAGCAGAGGGCAGC